AUGCCUCGUGGAGAUGGAGAAAUAUCUAGCAUCAUGCAAGUUGACGACGGGGAGCCAACAAAGCAAAUUGCGACCAGAGAUGUGGAUGCGGCUCUCAAAUUCCUUGAAAACCAAGGGACGGUGCCUUCCAUGUCAGACAGUGAUGAGAAGCGGCUCUUGCGCAAGAUUGACUGGCACAUCAUGCCUCUUCUGACCUGUUGCUAUUUUCUUCAGUAUCUGGAUAAGACUUUGCUCAACUACGCCAAUGUCAUGGGCAUAAAGCAAGACACUGGGAUCACGGGCAACCAGUUCUCCCUGUUGGCUACAAUCUUCUAUAUUAGUUUCAUCGUUUGUGAAUUCCCCACUGGGUAUCUGAUGCAGCGCUUUCCCUUGGCUAGAUAUCUAGGAGCCAAUAUCAUACUUUGGGGUAUCGUGGUCUCAGCAAAUGCUGGUGCCCAGAACUGGGCUACCCUGGCCGCUCUCAGAGUCUUGCUAGGUUGCUUCGUUGCCGUCGUCGCUCCAGCACUGAUUCUCAUCACUGGCAUGUGGUACAAGCGGUCAGAGCAGCCGCUCCGUAUGGGCAUUUGGUAUCUGUCCACUGGCCUAGGGCAGAUUGUCGGCGCCCUCGCUUCAUAUGGAUUCCAGUUCUAUCAAGGCCAAGAUUUUAAAUCCUGGCAGAUCAUGUUUCUCCUCUUUGGCCUCCUUACCAUCAUGAUUGGCGUGGUCACGGUCUGGAUCCUGCCCUCAAGCCCAAUGACGGCCACGUUCCUCUCGCACCAGGAAAGGGUCUGGGCGAUUGAGCGGCUUCGCGAAAACAGGACAGGUAUCCAGAACAAGCACUUCAAGUUGCACCAAGUAUUUGAGUGUUUCCGGGAUCCCCAGGCCCUGCUCAUCUGCCUCAUUAAUAUUCUCUCGAAUAUCCCUAACGGCUCCGUCUCCACAUACCAGGCCGCCAUCAUUGAAGGAUUUGGAUUUUCAUCCAAGGAAACCGCGUUGCUCUCUGUGGGCUCAGGAGCCGUUGCAAUUGUUUCCACCCUUGCAGUUGCCUGGUUUAGUGGCCGAUUUAAUGCCAAUGGCCUGGGGAUUAUAUUCCUGAUCGCUUGUGGAGGUGUGCUGGGUGGUGGACUUGUAUCAUUCUCACCGAAAGAUAACCAAGGACUGCAACUCGCGGGGAAUUUCCUUACGAAUUUCAUCGGAUCGUCAAUGGCCCUUCUUUACGCAUACUCGGCGAGCAAUUUCGCCGGCAACACGAAAAAGGUUACCAUGAAUGCGAUGCUUCUCGUGGCGUUUGGCAUUGGAAACAUCGUUGGGCCAUUGACCUUCCAGGAUAGUGACGCGCCGAGAUACAUGCCGGCCAGGAUUACCAUUUUAGCAACGAGCUGUGCGGCGUGUCUUCUUACUCUUGUUCUCAUGGGCUACUACUUCUAUGAGAAUCGACGGAGACAGAGACUCGCUGCAGCUAUUGGGCAUCAUGAAAAUAACGAAUUCUACGACCUGACUGAUAAGGAAAAUAUCCAAUUUAGAUAUCGCUAUUAG